AUGGCCGACACAAAGACCAACCGGAGGAGAAGAUCUAGUAGCAUUCUCCAGGUUUACCACGAGCCACUCGAGCCGCUUGAGCAGCUGAGCGACCAGUCAGCUCUGCCGAAUGGCAACGCCAACUGGGUGAAUGCCAAGGGCGCGUGGAUGGUGCACAUUGUCCUCAUUUGCCUUCUCAAGAUCAUUUACGACAUAGUACCGGGCGUAUCACAAGAGACAUCGUGGACCUUGACCAACAUCAGCUACAUGUUCGGCUCCUACAUCAUGUUUCAUUGGGUGCGUGGCGUGCCCUUCGACUUCAACGCCGGUGCCUACGACAACCUCAACAUGUGGGAACAGAUCGACGACGGCGCGCAGUACACGCCGGCCAAGAAGUUCCUGCUCAGCGUGCCUAUUGUCCUCUUCCUUCUCAGCACGCAUUACACCCACUACGACUUGACCUACUUCACGAUCAACUUCUUCGCCGUGCUCGGCGUCGUCAUCCCGAAGCUGCCUUACAGCCAUCGGAUGCGUGUCGCUCUAUUUUCGGGCGUGCCUGGCGAAGAAUAG